AAAUGUCAGUCAAUAGUUCAUCACGUGUGUUUGAAUAUUCUCAAUGGCAGCUUGGCUUUCUCUAUUUAAAAAGGCUCACCCAUUUGUGGAGCAUCAAAACCUGUGCAGGAACUUUAGUUGUUUUUAUUUUCUGUGAUAAUAAUGGCGUCUUCGAGUGUUGAGGGAGACAAGUAUCGUUCCUUCAUACAUGGAGAAGGGGAAAAGAACACCAAGUGGAGAUAUGGUGCUCCUCCUAACUAUGAUGUUGUCAACAAGCUCUUUGAAGAAGGCAGAACUAAGAUAUGGCCUCCUGGAUCACUUGAAGAAAAAAUCGGGGGAGGUUAUAACUCCUUUAUGCAAACUUCCUUACCGGAGAAGUUAAGAGGCUACAAUCCGGCAGAGGAAACUGUAGAUUCCGCUCAUGUUGCUUUCACAACAGCGUUCCCCAGAGGGUUUGCUCUGGAGGUUCUCCAGGUGUAUUCAGGGCCUCCAGUGAUUGUAUACAAAUUCAGGCACUGGGCAUAUAUGGAAGGUCCUUUCAAAGGGCAUGCCCCAACCGGAGAGCUAGUAGAAGUCUUUGGAAUGUCAAUUCUCCACGUGGAUGAAGACAUGAAGAUCCUGAAAGUAGAGUUCUUCUUAGACCGUGGAGAAUUACUUGGAGGUCUCAUGAAGGGUGCUAUCUUGGGUGGAGGGUCUGAAGAGGUGACUUUGAACUGCCCUUUCUUGAGGAACACUGGAUAGAGAAAAUGCUUUCCAUAGCCAAAAUAGAUUUCAGUACUCAUGCUUGUAUUCCCACCCUGUUGAAAUUUCAGGAUGAAACUCAAGUACCUUUCUUAAGUUUUCUUCCUAAAUAAAUGUAUUUCUGAUGU